AUGGAGUCGGAAACCAGGAAGAAAAAUGCUUCGCCAAGGAUUCAGAGGAGGGCACCUGUUUCUAGCGCGAGCCCGGUCCCACCCCGAAAACACGUCUAUUUCGGCGGCUUUUCCCCGAACGCGCGAAAGAACCCGGAAUUCGAGGAGGUAGAAGCUCGAUUCCCUCCGGCUGUCCCGGGCAGCAAUCCGGUGACGAGUCAACAGUAUAGUAUGCACUACGCUUCGCAAGACGAUUUACGGCGACGGAAUGAUGCCGAUUUUUCGGAUUCUCUAGCUCGGCAAAAUCGUGUGAAUCGCCAUGUGACGCAUGUGACGAUUAGGGAACCGCCGUCCCCAUCCCGAUCGAGCGAACGCCGCGAUGCCUACGGUGUGAAUGGAUACGUAGAAAGAGCUGAUGAAUCGAUGGAUCCCCGACUACGCCAGGCUACUUCUUCUGUGCAGUUG